AUGAGGGGUGGUGGUGGAUGGUCCCCCAGUGUUGGAGCUCUGGGUGGACAAAGAGGCUUCCAGAGAGAGAGGAGGAGCAUGGCCAGUGGGAAUGGGCUCCCUUCGUCCUCGGCCCUAGUGGCCAAGCGCCCCUCUGCCCUGGGCCCAUUCCCCAGAUACAUCUGGAUCCACCAUGACACACCCCAAGACAGCCUAGACAAGACUUGCCAUGAAAUCUGGAAGAGGGUUCAGGGCCUGCCGAAGGCCUUGCAGCCCAGGACCUGGAUGGAGCAGCUCUCUGCCCCCGUGGCUGGGACUCUGAGAGACAACGGGCUCAGCUUCCAAGAAGAAGCACUGGAGCUCAACACUGGCAAAGAUGAGAUCUCCCUGUUGGUGGAGCAGGAGUUCUUGAGCCUCACCAAAGAGAACCUCCUCCUGGUCAAAGAGAGCUCGGGUGAGCUGGAGGCACCCGGUGGCUCUCCUGAGGGAAUGAGAGAGCCGACUCCCUGCAUUCUAGGACCUCCUCUGGUGGUGGACAGCACUGAGCUCCCAGGAGCCUCUGACGUCACCAGUGACAAGCUUCUGGAGCAGAAGGUGGCCAUGUCCGUUAUCGGCAGCCGGCAGAACUGUGACUCUGCCAUGUCUACGGUCACGGGCAUCCUGCGCUCUGCCAAGGUCAGAAGUGCCAAGGGGACAGAAGACGGGGGCCACAACCUAGACACCGCCAACUCAGAGAUCAGCAAGCUCCUGGCCCAGUUCCCACUGAAGUCUACUGAAACUAAGGCCCCCGACAACAAAAUGGUACUGGAGGAGACGAAGGUCAUCAAGGACUUCCUGCAGAACAGCAUGUUCAGUGGCCCUGGACCCAGGGAGCCGGCGGGGCUGAGUCCAUUUCUGUUGCUGCCACCCCCCACUCCUCUUGCACCCCUGGACAAGCUCCCUGAGCUCCCUACUCAGAAGAAGCAGCUCCCGGUGUUUGCCAAGAUCUGUUCCAAGCCCGAGGCAGACCCCACCAUGGAGGGGCAUCACUUGAUAGAACGGAACCCUGGUGCCAAGGAACUGACCAGGGGUCAAGAGAGCCUCUUCCUCAGUCAGUGGCCCCAGAGCCGGAAGGACAGCUGUGGUGAGGAAGGUUGCAUGGACCCAGUGGGCACCAUGUCCAUGGCCCUGCCAACCAAGAAGCCUGCAUGGCCAGCCGAGAAGAACCUGCUCUGUGAGUUCCUCGGGGCCACCAAGAACCCCAGUGGGCAACUGAGGCUUCGCAGCAAAGUGGAGAUGGACGGGCUGGAGCUGAAACUUAACCCACCUGGAACAGUGGCGGACAAGAACAACCUCAAGUACACAGGGAACGUUUUCACCCCACGCUUUGCCACAGCCUUGACCUCAGCAAACCUGAACCAGCCACUGUGGCUCAACCUGAACUACCCACCCCCGCCGGUGUUCACAAACCACUCCACUUUCCCACAGUAUCAGGGCCUGUACCCACAGAGAGCCGCCAGGAUGCCCUACCAGCAGGCCCUGCACCCUCAGCUGGGGUGCUACUCCAGACAGGUGACGCCGUACAACCCACAGCAGAUGGGACAGCAGAUUUUCCGAUCUUCCUACACACCUCUGCUGAGCUAUGUCCCCUUCGUCCAGCCCAACUAUCCGUACCCUCAGAGGACUCCUCCAAAGCUGUCCACCAACCCCCGGGACCCUUCUCCCAUGGCAGGAGAUGGGCCACAGUACCUCUUCCCCCAGGCAUAUGGGUUCAGCUCAACGUCUGGUGGGCCGCUGAUGAACAGCCCCUAUUUUUCCUCUGGUGGUAAUGGCAUAAAUUUUUAG